AUGACAUCGCGAUGGACCGACUAUCGGCUUUUAUUUCCCAAUCCUGAAAAAUCGAAAGUAGUAUUGGACAUUGACUGGAGAAAAAGAAUUUGGACUCCUGAUUUGUUUUAUGAAAAUUCUAUAGAAGGUCACGUACAAAACACAAUUAUACCAAAUAUGUACUUAUGGCUAUUUAAGAAUAAAACUAUACAAUUUACAGCCAGAGUUUCUAUCGAGUUCAGCUGUCAAAUGGACCUUAGACUUUUCCCUCACGAUACCCAAGAAUGUGAUCUGAUUAUUAAAAGUUUGGCACAUACAGAAGAUGAAUUGAAACUUUUAUGGGAUGAAAACAACAAUAUCACGCAAGGAGAGCACAUAGUUCUUCCACAAUUUGAAAUUAUUAAUGUUACAAGUGGUGAAUGUAAAAAAAAUGCCCAUUUUUCUUGUUUGAAAGGAUCAGUCACAAUGACCAGAAGAUCUGGAUAUUACAUAACAAAUGUGUAUGUCCCAACUUGCCUUAUAGUAUUCAUGUCCAUGCUGUCGUUUUGGAUACCACCAGAUGCUGUUCCAGCUAGAGUUACCUUAGGUGUCACCAGUCUUCUGACAAUUGUCACAAAACAAUAUCAAGCUUCACUACCAAAUGUAUCGUACAUAGUAGCACUUAAUAUAUGGUUGUCUGCUUGCAUAGGAUUUGUUUUUGUUAGCCUGUUGGAAUAUGCAACUGUUAUAGCUUUGCACACAAGGCAAAAAUCUGUCUCUAAAAUUAAAGCAGCAGCUGUAAGUGAGCAAGUCAAGACAAUAAAUAAGAUAUAUCCAAGAGAACUCCGUUUUUAUCGUAAUACUAUAACAAAUAAGAAAUUAAAAAAAGUGGCGUUUUGGGCGAGAAUUCUUGACAAAAUUACACCAGAUAACAUUGACUAUGCAUCCAGAGUGUUAUUUCCAUGUGUUUUUAUUAGCCAGUGCUCAAUUUAUUGGGCAUUGUAUUACACACCUUGAGAAAAUCUUUUCUAAAAUAAAUUUUUAGCAUAUCGUUAAAAUGAAGGCCCUAAACAAUUUCAUGUAAAAUAA